AAUACCACCAAUAACUAAUAAAUAAUACGAUUGACGUGAGAAUCUGUAUUUAAUUAAUUAUAUUAUCGACGAUCAAUUUACGCCGUAAAGUACAUUUAUUCACGCCAAUUUGUAUAUUUUAACGAAUUGAGGCAUGCGAUCUCGCAAUGUGAUAAGAUCGGUUUGUGGUAAAUGGUACUUUUCAGCGUAGCGCAGUGCACCGUUCAUUAUUGUGGUAAAAGUCGAAGCAAGCGCACAGACAUGUGCCUGUGAUUAAACAGUAUUGCAGUUAGCGUCUAGCAUUCAAGGGUGCGCCACGGAAAACUCAAACAAUCGUGUUCUGGCAAGUGAGUGUGUGAGAAAUGACUUCGCAAAUUUGGCAGCCGCCUGACAUUGGGUCCAUUUGUCCAGAACAGAAUGCGCAAUUGACGCAAUGUUCGGAAACUGGGUUCAUGUUCUUAGCUUUACUAGCGCGGCUGUUCGGGGGCUCCAAAGAUAGUAGAGUUCCUUUCAACCCAUACCCUAAGCCGUAUCCAAGUGAUUAUUAUUCUUCGCCGCUGAAGCAUAUUGGACCAGAUCAUCACGGAGUCGGACCUUCGCUAGAUUUCGAUGCGCCCGUGGACCAUAGGAUCCAAGCGCACAGUUUCGGACCAAAAGGCAGUCACGGCUUUUCCGAUGCGUCAUUGUUUCUGAAGCCGAGUUUAACAUCAGUUUUCGAGAAUGAACCACCGAAGUUCCAGUCCAGCUUUUUCGAUGGAAGGCUAGAUUUUUUCGAUGCUGACGCAGCAGAUACAAAGAAGGUUACUGUGACUGCCAAGCCUGAGGCCGGGACUGCAAAAGCUGAAGCUGGUGAUAAGAAGAAAAGCAAAAGAAGAAAAAAGAGGCAUGCUACUGAAGUGUAUGACUUUAUUGUGGUUGGUGCAGGGUCAGCUGGUUGUGUCAUCGCUAACCGUCUUUCCGAAGUAAAGAAAUGGAGGGUAUUACUGUUAGAAGCAGGUCCAGAAGAACCGGAUGUAACGAGCGUGCCUGCCCUUGCUCCUGUUCUUGGCAGUUCCAAUAUUGACUGGAUGUAUAGAACACAGCCCGAAGAGUUGACUUGUAGAGCGCACAGAGGUCAAACUUGUCCAUGGUUCAGCGGCCGUGUUAUGGGUGGCUCCAGUUCUAUAAAUUACUUAGUAUAUAUGCGAGGUAAUAAACGUGAUUAUGAUGAUUGGGCUGCUCUGGGAAAUUAUGGAUGGAGCUACGAUGAUGUGUUACCUUAUUUCAAAAAGUCGGAAAAUAAUCAAGAUAUUGAAGCAAAGGACGAAAUAUACCAUGGUGUUGAUGGACCUUUGACAGUAGAAAGGUUUGGGUAUUUGGAUAAAAAUGUUGCCAUGCUUGUACAAGCUUUUCACGAAACGGGAUUACCUUUAGUAGACUUUAAUGGCGAACAACAAAUCGGAACAAUGACUGUUCAAGCAACUUCUAAAGAUGGCAUAAGAGUAUCAACAAAUUCGGCUUUUAUAAGACCAGUAAGAAAGAAAAGGCCAAACUUGUUUAUCAGAACAAAUGCGCAAGUAACCAAAGUUUUAAUACACCCAUAUGAAAAGAUAGCUUAUGGUGUAAAAUACGUUAAAAAUGGCAUUUGGCAUGAAGUGCAUGCUGUAAAAGAGGUAAUUUUGAGUAGCGGAGCUCUCAAUUCUCCUAAACUUCUGAUGCUAUCUGGAAUAGGACCGGCAGAAACACUUCAUGAAUUACGUAUACCAGUUUUGAAAAAUCUUAAAGUAGGAUACAACUUGCAGGAUCAUACUACUACAGAAGCUAUGCUUAUGGGCUUAACUAAUAAAACAUCUACGCUUAUAAAUAGCAAUCAGUUGAUUAAUGAAGUAAAAAAAUAUUAUUCGUCAAAACAUAGUGAAGGCCCACUUUCCGCAACAGGGCCGUUGUACGUCACAGCAUUUGUCAGAACCCCAUUUGCAGAUGAAGACGAAACCGUUCCAGAUAUACAAUAUCAUUUUGAUGGCAGAAAUUUGAAAGAAUUUUAUUCUGACCCUACAACUUAUUUAGCAACUCGCACAUUGCCUCUUUCUUACUAUGACAGUAUUAACGUAAGACCAAUUCUAUUACUACCAAAAAGCAGAGGGUAUUUAACUCUCAAUAAGACUGAUCCCGUUUUUGGGCAACCAUUGAUAUAUUCCAGAUUCUUCACCGAUAAAAGAGAUGUUGACACAUUAGUUGCCGCUUUAAAUAUGAUACAAGUAUUAGAGAAGACAAAAGCUUUUAGAGAAAACGGGGUGGAAUUUAUAAGAGAGCCAGUUGAGGCUUGUAUGAACUAUGAAUGGGGUACAUACGACUAUUUUUUUUGUAUUCUUAGAAGUUAUACAGCAACAAUUUUCCACCCUUCAGGGACUUGUCGUAUGGGUCCUCCUUCUGACGAAGAUGCGGUGGUGAAUCCUAGAUUAAAGGUCUAUGGGAUACGUCAUCUUAGAGUAGCGGAUGCCUCGAUAAUGCCAAACAUUGUCCGCGGCAAUACCAAUGCACCAAUUAUUAUGAUAGGAGAAAAAAUUUCAGAUAUGAUAAAAGAAGAUUGGGAUCACUAUUUAUAAGUAAUCUACUUUGCCAAUAUUACUAUUAAGCCUAACUAUAAUAAAUUAUUACAAGCGAAAGUAAUUAUUUUUAUUUUCCUCUAGUUAUUUAAGUAAUAUGUUUUAUUUGAUCAUUACCUUUUAGCACUUUUUCUUGAAUGAGAGAAUAACACGAAAGCGGAGAAUCUUCAAUUUUUUUGAGUCAAAACACACAAAAAGUACGGCACUUAUCACGAUCAAAAUAGUCGUAUUACUGGUUAGGUGAUUAGAUAGCGACGUGAUAAAAAACUGGCUAAUAUGAAAAAAUACUUAUAAAUGCAAAAGAAGUGAAAGAUUUGUUAGAUGACCAUGUCUACGUCUUGUGAGCUCUGCCUGAAAGUGUGUUUGUAUGCGUGUGCGUGUGUGAGAGAGUGUGCGAUUUAUGAAUAAAAAAAUGGUCUUCAAGACUGAGGCAAAACGAUGGGAGGAUCCAGUUCCAUUAAUUAUAUGGUGUAUAUAAGAGGAAAUAAAAGGGAUUACGAUGGUUGGGCAGAAUCAGGCAACCAUGGCUGGAGCUACUUAGAGGUGUUGCCAUACUUCAAGAAGUCAGAAAACAACCAAGAUAUGGAAGGACAUGAUAAAUAUUAUCACGCCGUUGGUGGACCUCUUAAUGUUGAAAGGUUCCGACACAUGGAACCUAAUACACUUAUGCUUAUUGAAGCCUUUAAAGAACAAGGUUUACCUGUAACUGAUUUAAAUGGUGAAAAUCAAUUGGGAGUAGAUUUUACACAAUCCACCAGUAAAAAUGGUCAGAGAUUUUCAACAAAUGCUGCAUUUAUAAGACCUCUUAAAGGACGCAGACCAAAUCUUCAUAUUGCCACAAAUGCUUUUGUUACUAAAAUUUUAAUAAAUAGUCAUACUAAGACUGCUUAUGGUGUAGAAUAUGUCAUCAACGGCAUAAAAUAUGCAGCUUUUGCACAAAAAGAAGUGAUACUAAGUGCUGGUGCAAUAAAUUCUCCUAAAAUAUUAAUGCUUUCUGGAAUAGGACCGUCACUACAUUUGAAAAAUUUAAAUAUACCUGUUAUAAAGGAUUUGAAAGUAGGAGAAAAUUUACAAGAUCACGUGGGCACUAAUUCACUUAUUGUAGCUCUAUCUAAUAAAACUUCAACAUUAGUAGAUUCUCAGCAACUAUUUCAAGAAAUAUACGAUUACUAUGGUCAGCACCAUUACAAAAGUGGGCCUUUAGCAUCCACAUCCACUCUUAGAACUGUUGCGUUUAUAAAAACAGAAUUCGCUUUCGAGAAUGCUCCUGAUAUACAGUUUCAUUUCGAUGCUAGAAAUGUCAAAGAUUUUUUCUCGGAUCCAACUACUUACAUGGACACAAGCAUAUUUCCUUUAUCUUUCUAUGAUGGUUUCGCUGCGAGAGCUCUCUUGUUGACUCCAAAAAGUCGAGGGUUUAUUUUACUCAAUCAAACUGACCCUAUUUUUGGUCCACCACUAAUAUAUUCCAGGUUCUUUACUGACAAACGAGAUUUGGAUACGUUGAUAGCAGGUAUGCAAUUUGCUAUAAGUUUAGAACAUACUAAUGCGUUUGUUUCGAGUGGUGCGAGUUUUGUAAAAGUGCCUCUUCCCUAUUGCUUGGGUUUUCAUUGGGGAUCAUAUGAGUAUUUUCGUUGCUUACUCACUCAUUAUACAUCCACUAUUUACCAUCCAGCGGGUACGUGUAAGAUGGGUCCUAGGUGGGAUAACGAUGCAGUUGUAGAUCCUAGAUUAAGAGUGUAUGGGAUCAAAAACUUAAGAGUAGCAGAUGCAUCAGUAAUGCCUGUCAUAACAAGAGGUAACACAAAUGCCCCCACUAUAAUGAUAGCAGAAAAGGCAUCUGAUAUGAUAAAGGAAGAUUGGUUUUUACCACCGUAUUUAUAGUGUCUAUAAGUAUAUAUUUAUAAAGUAGGUAUGUAGUUUAGUUUUAAUUUUUAAAUUGUAAAAAGUUGUUAAUAAUUAUAUAAGUUUAUUUAGAUAUAGCUAAACUAAAAAGUUUUAAAUACCUUUGUAAAUAUGGAAUGGUAAUUUAAUUAUUGGAAACAAAUUCAUGUAAAAGUAUCAUAAGAUUAGCGAGCAAAUGGUAGAAGACAAAUUAAAUUAUAAUAAUCAAUUUUGUUUAUAUUGGAGUUGUAUUUGCUUUUUGUGAACGAUCGGCAUAAGAUAUUAAAGUGUCAGUAAAAAAACAUUUAAGUGG